CUCUCUCUGUAUUGAGCCAGCGUGCUAAUGACACGCAUCAAGUUACAAGAAUAUAUUAUCGUUGUUAAUUACAUCCAUCUGAGCUGUUUAUGACUAAUUACCUCAACCAACUUAUCCAUAAAUAUCACAGUGGCGACGAGGUGGUAGUAUUUUUUUGUGAUCAAAUUGAUAAGAGAUAUUAUUUUUGACACAAAACGUUGACCGCGUGGAAGCGAGGUUAAGUACACGAUGUCGGAGGUUGACGCGUUGAACACCCAUCUGAGCUGUUUAUGACUAAUUACCCCAACCAACUUAUCCAUAAAUAUCACAGUGGCGACGAGUAGUAUUUUUUUGUGAUCAAAUUGAUAAGAGAUAUUAUUUUUGACACAAAACGUUGACCGCGUGGAAGCGAGGUUAAGUACACGAUGUCGGAGGUUGACGCGUUGAAGGCUAUGGUAGCUAAAUUAAAAGGCGAGAAUGCAAAAAACUACGCGCAAUAGUUGAAGAAACGAAACAAAAAGCUCUUACUUCGGAGGAAGUGCGAGAUAAGAAAAUUGCAGAUUUGGAUAAAUUGGUUAAGGAGUGUAGAGAACAAUUAAGCCAGCAUGGGGUUGCCGGCAUUCCACAGUCUUCUGCACAGGUAACUCAACCUAAUUUACCAACAAUGCCUAAUCAAAUUGUAUUGAGUUCUAGUAUUGGGACUAUUGAGCCUUAUGACAGAUAGGGUGACUGGGCACAGUAGCUGGAUAGAUUUGAGGAACACAUGAACGGCAAUUUAAUUGAUGAUGCACGGAAAAAGUCAUUAUUUAUCAGUCUAUUAGGUAAAGAUGGCUAUGCAUUAUUGACCAGUUUAUGUGCACCUCAACUGCCAAAGGAAAAGCAAUUCACUGAAUUGACAACACUGAUGUCAGAGCAUUUGAAACCCAAACCCAGUGCCAUAGCGGAGAGAUUUAAAUUCAAUAUUUAUGACCAGUAAGAGAAAUUAAUCAAUUAGUGAUUAUGUGGGAAAUCUGAGAAGAUUAUCGACUCAUUGUGAAUUUGGCAAUACCUUGAAUGACACAAUGAGGGAUAGAUUUGUUUGUGGAUUGAAGAACAAGGCUAUUAAAAAGAAGUUGUUGAGCGAGAAGAAACUUACGUACCAGAGGGCUAUUGAACUGGCUCUCAGUGAGGAGACUGCAUCAAGGGACACCGGAGUGAUGGAUUCCUGGUCGACGAAUGGGUCAAUCAACCACAACCAAAUCAAGGGACAACGUAAUGGCAACAAUACCAACGCAGAGAGGUUUGGACCUUGUACACAUUGCGGUAGAAAUAAUCAUAACAAGAAUCGGUGUGAAGACACCAGUGCAUGCAAUUCUAGAGUGCACUCUGUGCUGGAGAACACCAACGGCAGAUGCCGCAGGAUCUGGCAGAAAUUGAACGACUUGGAGAAGAUGACGAAUGAUAUGAAGACGAAUCAGGAAAAAAUUAAAGACUACUUGAAUGAGAUCAACGACUACUAACAUAAUUGAAAACUAAACGUUGUGUUGAAUAUGUUUGAAUUCAUACACAAAAUUGAAUAAAAAAUAUUUCGUUCUGAAUUACAGAGUGGUUCGCAUAUCAUCGUUAUCAUUCUACUGAAAAAUCACUUCCUCGUAUGAGAAUAUGCAAAAGCCACAUAUUAAUGAUAAAAUCAAUGAAUGUAAUGAAUGUAAUGAAAUUUGUUCAAUCAUACAUAGAAAGAAAUCCAUCAGAAAGUCUUGCGAUCGCAAGAGUAUUUCCGAUUGAUUUCGUUCCGUGUAAGAUAUAAAAAUAGAAUGUAAUAUCCAAAAUUUUGUACUAGAAACUUUAAGACUAGAAUAAUUUUAUG